CGCGCCAUCGGAAGCGACUGCUUUACGGCUGUCGUGCUUCACGUAUCCUCGGCAUGGAGGCUGAGGAGGCUGAGGCAACUUCGGAGGAAGGGCCGUUGGAAGCGCCAAACCCGAAAUCAGAGGCGGAGGAGGAGCCGGAGGAAAGCGAAGAAGCAGCUUGCAGCAAGAAGCGGGUGGUGCCGGGCAUCGUGUACUUGGGGCACGUUCCGCCGCGCUUCCGGCCCCUGCACGUCCGCAACCUGCUCAGCGCCUAUGGGGAGGUCGGGCGCGUUUUCUUCCAGGCGGAGGACCAGUUCGUGAGACGCAAGAAGAAGGCGGCGGCAGCCUCCGGAGGGAAGAAGCGGUCCCGGUACAGCAAGGACUACACGGAGGGCUGGGUGGAGUUCCGCGACAAGCGCGUGGCCAAGCGGGUGGCGGCCAGCCUGCACAACACUCCCAUGGGCACCCGCCGGCGCAGCCCCUUCCGCUACGACCUGUGGAACCUCAAGUACCUGCACCGGUUUACCUGGUCCCACCUCAGUGAACACCUGGCCUUUGAGCGCCAGGUGCGACGCCAGCGCCUGAGAGCAGAGGUGGCCCAGGCCAAGCGCGAGACGGACUUCUAUCUCCGGAGUGUGGAGCGGGGACAGCGCUUCCUGGCCGCCGAGGGGGAUCCUAGCCGCCCCGACGGCUCCUGGGCGUUUGCCCAGCGACCCACGGAACAGGAGCUGAGGGCCCGGAAGGCCGCGCGGCCGGGGGGGCGUGAACGGGCCCGCCUGGCCGCAGUGCAGGACCAGGCCCGCUCCAACCGAGGGCUCCUGGCCAGAAUCUUUGGAGCCCCACCACCCUCGGACAGUACGGAGGGACCUUCCCGGGCCAGGGACUCGUGAGGCCGGGGAGGCCGGUCACCUCCCGUGGCCGCUCCGCUUCCUGUCGACCUGGUGCUGGAAUGACACCGACACCCAGGCAAACGUCUCGGGUCAAGCCCAGACGUGGAAGUUUUGUGGGCCUCCCCUCCUCUUUUGCCCAACUGCUGUAACUGCCGGCCUCAGUGACCUUAUUCGUAUUAUUAGGAUGGUUUUGACUAUUGCUGAUGUCUGCUUGAUUUGGUAGCCUUCCUCUUGUUUAGUAGGGUCCCAUAAAAUGCCACGUUCUUGGCCCAGGAAUGGCCUUUAUAUGUAGCUACAGUGGAAAUGGAUGGUCCAGGCAGUCUUGUUCUGUUUACUGAAUACAGAUAAGGGAGCAGCAUCAUUUUAUUUAGAAAAACAGAUAUGAAUUACUGGGUUAUGUUUGGAUUAGGAACCUCCUCCCUAAUGUAUUUAUAGGGAAAAAAAUGCUUUUAUUUUUAAGAGUGAGAGUCAUUUGGCAGAUUUCAAUUUUCAUCUUGUGUUGCGUUCACUGAUCUUCAUUCCACCUCCUUGUCUUAAAGCCUUCAUCCAACCUAGAUCCUUUUUUCUUUCUCUGUUUACUUCCUUAGCCUAGAACAUUUAUCUAGUACAUUUAUUAAACCACAGUGGGAGACAGUGACAAUGGGAGAUAAUGACCUUGGUGGUAAGAGUCUGACAGAUCACUGGAAUAAGAUAGAUGAGCAUCAUGGUAGAAGCAUAUAAGGGAUAGAGUGGGACUAGGGCAGGACAUGGAGUGCUCUCAGUGUGGAGCUGAUUUCUGAUAACGGGCAGCAGGAGGGUCAGUCUUCAUGUCUCCCCAAGGUCAAAUUGGGAAAAUGGCAGAGCAGAAUUCUGAACGAGUCUGGUUUGCUCCUAUAGUUCAGACUGCUUCAUAGAUAGAGUGUUGGGGCAAACCAUUGUAAAUGACAGAGCUUGGAGGGAAGUUGGGAUCAAAGAUCUCUCAAGUGCACUUACAUGUGUGUUGAGGCUCUGAGGGAUUCACAAAUACAUGCAGAGCAGCCCUGAUUACUUCAAAGAAUCAGGAUGAAUCAUCAAAAUGAACUGCAAACUUGGGUGUCACCAUACACUGAAGUCUAUACUCAGUCUCAGAUUAAAAUAUUAUUAUCCAGCAGGAAGUCCUUGUCAAGUGUAAUUAUAAUUUGGUUUUGCUUGUGCUUUUUCUUUAGUUCUUGGAACCCCACCCCCACCCCCCAUUAAUGUAAUUAUCCUUGUUUUUUGGAGUGAAGUGGAUUCAUCCACUUCUUUGAUUGUAAAAUGGACAUUAUGAUCUUACUUGAAAGUAUGCUUUAUUGGGAAAGUAAAAAUGACCCUAUGGUGAGCUUGGUAUGACAUUUCUCAUAGCUCAUGUUCUGUCCUUUCAGACUUAGUACACAAACAUCUGUGUGGUGUUAGUACCAUAAUGUUGGGAACUUUGUGUCCUUGCUUCUGUGUUCAUUCUUUGUGAGUUUGUUCCAUGUGGAUUGUUUCUUCAGGUCAUUGUGCCUUCCAAAGUACCAGAGAAAUCCAGCAUCAGGAUUUGAUAAGCUGUUUUCCACAUUUCUUUAGAAUUACCAGUCCCUGUAGGCACCUGGGCUAGGUAAAUAGAUGUUAAGACAAGGAAGAAAUUUCUUUCCCUCAAGUUGCCCACAGCUGAGAAAGUUAAAAAAAAAAAAAAAAGGUUUAGUGAGAGUUUCUUGAAUGAGUGGAUGUUUCCCAGGCUGGUGGCAUCAGUAUACUCAAGGGCCAGCAUCUCAAGCUGCACUCCAAAUCUCCAGCGAGCACAGCCCACCCUGUAGCCAGUCAAGCUGAGAGUCAGAUGGAGGAAAAUGGGUUACCCAGGAACUUUCAUCUUGAUUCCCUCUAGACUUGACACCCUUAGAGGCCAGGAAAUAAUUUUUUUAAGUGUCCAGGUGUGAUGGCUUACCACUUCUUUUAUUCCCCAUAUUUUUCCACAUGGUUCUCUAGUGUGCAUGUUUUGGGAGCUUAUUGCAUGAAUUCCAUGAUAGAAGAUGAAGGACACCUGCAAGUGUGAGUGGAUUUACUGUCUAAGAAGAGCAAACUUUCUCAAUCAUGAACCCACCCGUGGUUUCCAGCUAAGAAGCUAGGACCCUACAUUUCCUGGCAUAAGAGUGGAGAUCUUACUGAAGGGAGGGCUUAUCUAGGCUAGGCCUGGACACCCUGUGAACUUACUCCUGCACCCACUCUUUCUCAGUGUGCUUUCCCACGAUUCCUCUAACAUUCUUUGAAGUUCUUAUUAUUGCAGUGGAGUGGGUGGGGGGCUCCUAGUGUAAGCCUUGGACGUGCUCAUUCCCCACUAGAGUCAGUGUGAGUUUCAGCAGAUAGAGACCCAGAAUAAGAUUUCUUGCCCCUUAUGAGGAAGGCAAGUGUUGGAUUUCUGUGGAUGCAUGAUUUUCUUCCGCUUUGGGGCUAUUGUCUUUCACUUCCAGACUCACUCUGAGACUGAGUAACUGGAAGCAAAAGAAGCGGGCUCUUUGCAACACAUACUCUGAGUCCAGAACCUUGUACUAAGUCUGGUGAGUGCCCACGUGGUUUUCUUGGCCUGUCUCAGGCCAGCCAGGAGCAGGCGUGAGACCAAAAGAAUCUUGGAGGCAGGGCUAACAGCGGAAGAGAGACCAGCACUUCUGGAGCCAAGGGCUGUGGAGAGGAGUGGCUGGCAGGCCAUGUAGGUUGGCCCUUUUGCUUGGCACAGCAGCCCAGGCCAUCCAAGCCACUCUUUAGCCCCUGCUUCCAGUCCAGAAGCCAUGUGUGGUUCCUUCACUGUGAACCCCAUCCAUUUAGGAACAACUAAUGUAGUCAUAAGGCUCUCAGCUAGGGAAAACCUGAUAUCCACAAUGAAACUAGACCCCUAUGUCGCACCGCAUUAAAAAAUAAUAAUAAAUUAGAAUGGAUCAAAGGCCUAGGUGUGAACCCUGAAACCAUUAGAAAGCAGAGGACAUCACAGUGGCACAUGCCUGAAACUCCAGCUACUAAGAAGACUGAGGCAGAAGGAUGCUAAGUUAGAAAAUCAUCUCAAAAAUAAAUUGGUCAGAGAUAUAAUUCAGUCAGGAGAAAUACUUCACAGUGUGUUUAGGCAAUAUUUUUUUUGUUUUUUUUUUUUGGGGGGGGGAGUGGGAUUAGAUCCUCAAAACAGGCAAAAGUGGUAUUAUGUCAAACUAAGAUGCUUCUGCAAAGCAAAGGAAAUGAGUGAAGAGAACCUGCAAAAUGUGAGAAAAUACUUUCAAACUACUUGAGAAUUUAGUAUCCAGAGUAUAUAAAGAAUUCAAAAUCACAACAGCAAAUAACCCAGCAAAAAGAUGAGCAAAUGACCCGAACAGACAUUUCACAAAAGCAGAUUUACAUAUGGCGAACAAAUAUAUGAAAAAAAUGCUCAACAUCUCUAAUUAUCAAGGCAAUGUAAAUCAAAACCAUAGUGAGAAUUCUCCCUCCAGUUAGAAUGGUGAUAAUAAAAAAGAAAAAAGGUAAAUGUUUUCAAGGAUGUUGAGAAAGGAAAACUUACACUCUGUUGGUGGGAAUGUAAAUUAAUACAACCAUUAUAGAAAAUGACAUGGGAGUCCCUCAAAGAGCUAAAAAUAGAACUUCCAUAAAAUCCAGCAAUCCCACUACAGGUAUCCAUCCAGAAGAAAUCAGUAUGUCACAGUGAUAACACAUCCUCAUGUUUACUGCAGGAUGAUUCAUGAUAGCCAAGAAAUGGAAUCAGGAGUUGUCUAAGAACAGAUGAAUGCAUAAGAAAAAUGACAUAAAUACACAAUUGUUAUUCAGCCAUAGAAAAGAAUGAAAUCUGUCCCAAUGUGGAUAGAACUGAAGGACAUUACAUUUGUGAAAUAAGCCAGACACAGAAAGACAGAGACCACAUGUUCUCAUUCAUGUGGAAACUAGAAAAAUUGGCUUCGUGGAACAGAGCAGAAUAGUGUCCAUACAGACUAGGGUGGGGUAGGGAGAAGGGGAGCCAGAGGGAGGUCUGAUAAUAGGACCAAAAUGCAGUUAGCUAGGCGGAAUACAUUCAAGUGCUCUACAAUACAGUAGGUGACAAUCGUUUACAACAAUUUAUUACAUAUUUUAUAAAGAACUAGAAGAGAGGAGUUUGAGGAUUCCCAAUACAAAUAAACAAUAAAUGUUUACGGAGAUAAAAAUGCCAAUUACUCUGAUUUGAUCAUUGCAAAUAGUAUUUGUGUAUGUAUUUAUCACAUUCCAUAAAUAUGCAUGAUUAUUGUUUCAAUUAAAAAUUUAAAAGGGGGAAGAUGUUCUUUGCUGAUGAAACUAUUUUAGAACAGUUUGCUAAAACACAUUUCUUAGAAUAAAUGGAAUAAAUACUAUAUUAUCUAUAUACUAUGUAUGUAGAUAUAGUAAUAUAGUAAUAUAGAUAGCAAUAUUAUAACAUUUUGCAGGGGGGCAUGCAGUAGUACAAUUUGAUGAUCUCCAAUCUUUUAACCACUGUGUGGAAUUUCAUUGUUUGUAUCAUUAAAGUUCUAACCAUUUGUUAACAUAAA